GAGAUCGAGAGAGAUAGAUCGAGAGAAGAGAAGAGGGCAGAAUGUGAACGAAGCGUGUGCGGCGAUGGAUUCCUCUUUACUGAUCGCUCUGUGUUUGCUCUGGACGAGAACAUCAGGGUCAUUUGUUGAGGGACCGCCUGAGCCUCGUAAUGUCCACUUCUACUCAGAGAACCUGAGGAACAUUGUGAGGUGGACGCCAGGAGAAGGAUCUCCCAAUAACACCGUCUACACUGUGGAGUACGCCAUAUACGGUGAUGAGGAGGAGAGCGGCUCUGGGCAGGUGAAGUGGAGGAGUGUGGAGCACUGCACCUCCAUCACACAGAACGAGUGUGACGUGUCUCACGAGACCUUUGACCUGGAGGAUGAAUACUAUGCCAGAGUCAGGGCCGUCAGCACAGACACACAGUCAGCCUGGGCCGAGAUCACGAGCCGCUUCAGCCCCGAGCUCCACACGAUCAUCGGCGCGCCGCUUCUGGAGCUGAGCGUGCUGCAGAACUACAUAGACGUCACCAUCAAGGGGCCCUUCAGAUGGAGAACCAAGAAGACAAAGAAAGAGAAGUCACUCUUGAAGAUCUUCCCACACAUGAUCUAUAACGUCUCUGUGUUCAACGGCAGGAGCGGUCACACGAACUACAGGCGUCUUAAAAACGGGAACCUGACGCUGGGCCCUCUGGACUUUUCCACGCAGUUCUGUGUGAUUGUUCAGGCCCAAUCGGAGUCUCGGCCUCUGGCCUACAAACCCAGCAAGCGGCUGUGUGUCGAGACGUCUCGAGAUCCGUUCAGAGACCAGCUGCUGGCUUCUCUGCUGGGAGGCGUGCUGCCGUCUGCUCUAUGUCUGUGUGUCCUCGCUGUGCUCGGGGGUCUCGUCCACUGCUACAUCACUGACCACAGACAGAGACUGCCCAAGAGCACGCACAUGGUUGGCUUGAGUGGAAAACAUCACACUUUCCAGCCUCAAGUGCCCCACACAGUCAUCUUCAACGUGAUGAAGUUUGGAGAUGAAUCGAUGGCUGUGCCACAGCUGAUGUCCAGUGAGGACCGGUCAGCGCUGGACGAACAGGUUCAGGCUCAGAGCACGGAUCAACAACCGCUGGUGUGUUACACACUUCAGCACGCUCCGCCGCCGCUAGCUGACCCGCCGGACACAGACUCGGUCAGUGUGCACUUGGAGCUGCCGGACACCGACUCGGUCAGUGUGCACUCGAAGGCACAGCACAGCGAGGUUGUAGAUUAUGGCAUCGUGCUGCCGGCUGCUUUCGCAGCUCCGUACAGGACACAAGUACACAGUGUUCCUCAUGUGGACGAGCCACAUGAUGAAGACCAAGCACAGAUAUUCCUGGACUGGAGCCCGGAGACUCAGGAGCUGAAGAUCCCUCUGAUGGGCUUGUUAGGUCUGGAGGAUGAUCAGCUGCAGACUGAAGCGGUCACGCUGCUGCCUAACAUCAUCCUGAGACAGACCUCGGGGGAGAGCUACGAGUCCGAAGAUGACUUCACCAAGAUGGAGCGAGACUGGGGCCUGGUCAUCUCCAGCCCAGACUGACAGAGGAACAAUGCUCUGCUUCAGACU